AGUUUUCAUUGUUUAUUAUUUUAGUGUUGCACGGAUUCUUGUGUCCAUUUUAGAAUCGUUUUGUAGUCGUAUCUAAAUUUAUCCGUGAUGAAAAUGUGGAGCUACUUGUGUUUUAAAAUAUGCAUUGCUUUAAUUCUGUUUUCUUCUGGAACCUUAGCAGUUCGCCAUGCAAGAAACUUAAUAUGGGCCCAGACACCGUCUUUAAAGAUUGGAGUAUCAAGGAUAGUUGGCAUCGAAGGAGAUCCGACAGAGUGGGUACCCAGUGGCAAUGUCCAGGUCAGACAUAUCAGUGCUCCACAUCACGGUUGGCAGUUCAAAUCCUUGGCCUUCAACUAUGCCGCUCAAACUCUAUAUUGGUCAGAGUCCACCAACAAAAAAAUACAGGCCCUGCGACUCAAUGGAACAACAGAAACUGAAACAAUUUUCACCGGAACUUCCAACAUGGCGGAAGGAAUUACUGUAGACUGGGUUUCAAAUAACAUUUAUUGGACUGAUUCGCUGUAUAACUGGAUUGUCAUGGCACCGUUGUCAUCUCAGGAAAAAGUGUACAAAUUGGUAGUGCGAAAAAAUCUGACAAAUCCGCACAGUGUAGCAGUUCAUCCAGAGAAAGGUUAUUUGUUUUGGACAGACUCUGGCACCGUCUCAAAGAUCGAAUGUUCGGAUCUACUCGGAGAAAAUCGACUGACGAUUAUUGACACUGAUAUGUUGCACCCUCGUGGUUUAACAAUUGACUACAGUGAGGAGAUGUUGUACUGGGUGGACAGCAAGAAAGAUACUAUAGAAUGCGCUGGUUUCCUUGGCAACAACAGACGAGUCGUGGCUUAUCAGUCAGCAACAAUAUUCUUUGGAAUAGCAGUAUUUCAGAAAUAUUUGUUUGUAACGGAACAGAUGCAGGGUCAUUUAAGGGUGUAUGAUAAGAAGACGGGAAAUAAUGAAAUCAACUACCAACUUGGCUAUAUACCUGACGGAAUUAUCAUGUACGACGAAACUAUACAAUCAGGAAAUUCAUCUGCCUGCGAUGCAAAAGGUUGUCAACAUAUAUGUGUAAAUGAUCCACUGUAUGGCCCCAAAUGUCGAUGUGGGGAUGGGUAUAUACUGGAUGAGUCCGACCAACUCUCGUGCACAAUUGGUAGAAAAUUUGUUAUGCCGAGUCACAUAUAUGCCAUAGGCGACGCUAUAUGCUACUAUCCCGUAAAUCUACCGGAUAUGUCGCUGUAUAACGUUUCUCUCGAGUCCCAAUGCUUCCUUCAACGAGGGCGCGGGAAUUUUGGACUUACAUUCGAUGCACGAGAACACGUGCUUUAUUACACAGAAAAUGUGACGAAAAGUAUCGGGCGAAUAAACUUAGAGAUUGGGGAGACGGGGACAUCUAUAAUUAAAGGCGUUGGUGAUGUUCAAGGUUUGGCAUUAGAUUGGUCUUCGGGUAGUUUGUUCUGGACAGAUCUAACCUACAACCAUAUAUCCAUGGCCAGAAAGGACGGCAUGUAUCCCACAGUUCUUAUAGAAAAUCUGGACCAGCCCCUCGGUAUCGCUGUUCAUCCAGGAAGAGGGAAAAUGUACUGGACCGAACAAGGCAGGACAAGGAUGAUAUUUGCCGCUUCUAUGGACGGAUCAAACAAAGAGCCGCUCGUCAACGAAUCCCAAGUUGAAAUGCCAAAUCACUUGUAUUUAGACUACGCAAAUGACAGAUUAUACUGGGCUGAUUCCGGACUACAUUCAGUACGAUGUAUAGACUUGAAGACUGGGGAGGUGGAUACAAUUUAUGAGAAGAUUAGCGAUAGAGUGACAUUCUUUGGUCUCAGUAUUUACCAGGACUACCUACUUUGGACAGACAAGGAAGAUCAGAAGAACGGAAUACAUGCGGCUCGUCUGGACAAAUUAGAGAAAGUACGGGGUAUAUUACACCCACAUGCAGGCAUGGCCUCUGACCUCAUCACAUUUGACAUUAAUAAUCAACCGGAAAUGAAAGGUGCCUGUGAUGACGACAAUAACUUUUGUGAACACCUUUGCAUUCCGACAUCAAAUGCUACAUAUAUAUGUAAAUGUGGUGUCGGGUACACACUGGACCUAAACCUGAGGACAUGCUCAUCUCAUGUAAAAACCGACAAUUAUGUGGUUACCGUCGACUCGUACCAGAAACAACUAUAUCAGGUCGAAGUUGAUACAGGAGAAGUCAGUUCAAUUCCUUUGGGCAAUUUCUAUAAGGGCGUAGCCAUAGAUAUUAACCCAUUUACGAAUACCAUAUACUGGAGUGAUAACAUGGCCAAUGUGAUUAUGAGUGCUCAGAUUGACGGAUUUAACGAGGAGGUCUUCAGGAUACUUCCAAAUGAUUCCAUAUCGGAUGGCAUCGCUGUAGAUUAUAUCAACCAACUUCUGUUCUACACGUGUACCUAUGAUAAGGUUAUCGUUGUCGUCUCAUUGAUGAAUAAAAAUAUCUAUAAAACAAUUGUCAACGAAUCUUUAGACCAGCCUAGAGACGUUAUUGUCCAUCCGGAAAGAGGAGUAAUAUACUGGACUGACUGGGGAAAAGAACCUAAGAUUGAAACCGCCACUAUGGAUGGUGGCAACAGAAGUGUUGUUCUAGCGCUACAGGAGGAGUCUUGGCCUAACGCUCUGGCUUUAGAUGUUAAAAGUAUGAACUUAUUCUGGGUGGAUGCGAAAAACGAAGUCAUUGGUAGAAUCAACAUUGAUACGGGCGUAAAGAAAAUACUCUACACGGAACCCAGAGCCCACUUCUUUGGCAUGGCUUUGAUCGAGGAUAAACUUUACAUCACAGACUGGUUCAGAAAGCACGUGAGCAGAUUGAGCGUUGAUGGCGGUCAGCUUGAGCAAGUGGGUCCCUCCAAGUUUUCAAAAUUAAAUGGAAUAGCUGGUUACAAGAAAAGUGAUAUCAGAACAGUUUUCAGCAAAUGUAUACAAAGCACGUGUAGCCAUCUUUGUUUACCAGUUUCCGAAAAUGAUUACAAGUGCGCUUGCUCAGAUGAAGGAAAGUACGUAUCGGUUCCUUGCCGCGAAAUGAACGAAAUUGACAAUCCGACUAUAACAAUUAAUAGCCAUCUAAAAAAUGAAAGAGAUGGUAGCUCAGCAUUAACCAUAGGACUAUCUGUGGUGGGAGUCAUUGCCGUGCUUAUAAUAGUGGUCGGAGCUGUCUAUAUCUACAAUAAAAAAUUCCGUGGUGCAAAUAUUUCACACGACCGUCUUGUGGAAGAUACCUCCCGAGUGGACACCUAUUACAAAAUUACCUUUCCGGACCCUGUAAAAGAUGAACCCAACUUUGAUUCCGGGAUUGAGAAUCCUUCAUUUGAAUGCAGCAUCGAAGAUGUGACGAUGGGUGGAAAUAUUGUAAAAUAUAACCCUAUGUGAAUAUGAUUUCAUGCACAAGAUAUGCCACUUAAACCCUGUGAAAAGGACUCGCAAACUGUGUUUCAAAUGAAGAUUUAAUAAAAGACAGGUAGUGAAGAUUAUCACAUUGACUUUCACAGGAACCGACGGGAGUGAUCAGCUUUGGGUACACGAAUUUUACCGUAAAUGCUCUACUUUGGGUAGCUACUGUAAUAAAAGAUACAGUACAGAGUAGGCCUAUACAUGUAUGUUUUAUAAGUUAAAACAAUAAUAAUGCUUAAUGUCAUUUAUUUACUAUUGGUAUUAAAAUAUCAAUGUGUUAUUACUAUUAUUAUCAUUAUAAUAAUAAUUAAUAUUAUUUUACGAAUUCUUUUUUAUUGAAAGUUACGGACAUACACAGAAUACAUAAUCAAUGUAUAGAAACGUUCAAAUGUAUUCGCCACAUCUGAAAGUUGUGGCUAAAGAUAGCCAAAUGGUAGGGUCAACCAAUUGCAAUAGGUCAGUAGCUUCUUACAGUGCCUCUUAAAGUUAAAAAAUUAAAGAAGUACACGAGCGCUUACUGAACCAACGUUACUAUACGUUACCGUAAAUAAUCUAAUCUUUUCUCAAAAUUGUUACUAGUCUGUUUUGUCCAGUACAUUUUGUACACCUGUUUGAUUUUAUGGGAGCGAAAUAAAGACACAAUUUAGUUAUUACACAAGUGAAAUAAAACGUUGAUGUUGAUGUCAUUCUUAAUAUAAGAGACGUUGGUCGAAUUGACUUUGUCUAUAAUACCUUAAGUAAGAAGAAAUUUUCAAGUUACAUCAGUAAAGCUAUCAUGUAAAUAAACUAUUUAAUUUGUGUCUUUCAACAUUAAACAGGGGGCUUGUAUUUCAUUAUUUUAUUCAGCUCGUUUAAGGACGGUUGCGGCAGUUCUUGGUAAAAAAUAUGUCCAGUAAUAUGAAUUGUUCAAACUUUAUAUAUGAACACAGUGUCAUGUUAGAAACAGAAUUAUGGAAAAAAUGAAGGUUAUCAUGCUUGUUCGGGAAUUAUCUGCCCUUGAGUAUGCAAAUUUGAAGAAAAAUCCAGUUUUAAGGGCAAAUAACUCUUAAACAAGCACGGUGACCUAUGAUUGUUUUCUUUCAUUUUUCUGUUUCUAACAUGAAACUGUGUUCAUAUACAAAGUUUAAACAAAUUCUAUUAUUGGGAAUUUUUUGCCUCAUCCCCCAAACAAGAAACUGCAGCAAGUGUCUUUAAUAAAUCCAGUAUGAAUAGUCAUUCAUGUGUACCCAGUAUUUUCACAAGAAUAAUGGGUGCUUUUUCUUACCUUUACAUUCCAAUUUGAAAUGUAAAUAUUGCAAAAUUGUAUGAAAUUUAAUGAAAUUGUUUUGUAUUGUAUUAUAAUGCUACUAAUCUGAAAAUGGAUUUGGUUGUUUGAGGAUGAUUGUAAUGGUGAAAAGCUGAAUGUCGUUGGCUUGUACGAUCCUCGGAGGACAAAUUUUAUAAUAAUUCCAAAAUGAAACACGUGAUAAAUGAUGAUUUAGAUCUCCAUAUUGGCCAUUCACAAAAUACUUGCUCUCUCUGAGGUUUCGUAUUGGCCCUGAUGAUUUUAUAUUAGUCCCGAUUUUCUUGUAUUGCCUCAGCUGAGUUUAGUAUAGGCUCAAUCCUUUUCGUAUGAUUUGCACAAUAUAUCAAAUAUUUUGUUUAAUAUUGCAUGUAUUAAAGAUUAAGUGUAACAAUGAUCAUUUCUUUUGUCUGAAUGAUGUUUUAGAAUGCCUCUGGUUUAAAUAUGUAUAUUACGUUCUCAAUAAAAGCGAUUAUCAUGAAA